AGAGUAACCUCCCAUGUAGAGUUUAAAGCAUGCUGGGAAACUCUGUAGAUUGAUUGUUUUUGUUUGAAGAAUUUCUUUCAUAUUUACGUGAAUUUAUUGAUACAUAACUUUGUGAAACAUGUCAAAGCGAAAAAAGUCGGCUCCUAUCAUUGACUCAGACAGUGAGGCCAGUGAUAGUGGCUCCAAUCUAGAUGAAGAUUUAAAAGCUCUUGCAAAGAGGAAGAGGAAAUCUCCAUCUCAGUCCAAAGGGACCAGUCAGUCCAGUGGCGACAGCGACUCAGAAUCUUCCUCAGGCAGUGAUGGGGACUGGAGAAUGGAUGGCAAGAAAGGAAAGAAAAAGAAGAAAGGCAAAAAGUUGGCAAACCGGAAAACAGUUGUCAACUCCUCAUCAGAAAGUGAAAGUGAAGGCGAAAUCAAGUCAGAGCCAGAAGAAGGUGAAGUGUCUGACUCCGGUGAGGACUCUGGGGACGAGCAGUUCCACGACGGCUACGACGAGAACCUGAUAGGCGACGAGGAAGACAAGCAGCGCCUAGAGGACAUGACAGAGAAGGAGCGGGAAACAGAGCUCUUCAAUCGCAUGGAGCGGAGAAACCUGCUGAAAACCAGAUUCGAGAUAGAAAAGAAGUUGAAGCAUGCCAAGAAGCUGGAACAGAAGCGCAAGAAAGAAAAAGGCGGCACGUCAGACAGCGCUAGCCCCAAGGGGGUGGUGGGCAUUGUGGCAAGCAAGCGCAGUCAGGAGCGCAGGAAGGAUCUUGAGAACAAGAAGGACUCCAAAAAGCUCACCGCCAUGCAGGAGCUCAAGGCUCGCAGAGAGGAGAAGAAAGUCAGAGAAGAACAAAAGGCCCAAGAAGAAGAAAAGAAGAAGCCUCUGCGAGCCAGUGACAUUUACUCUGACGAUGAAUCUGAUGAGGAUGAAGGGGAGGAGAAAGACAAAGGGCGGCGAGACGAUGAUGACAAUGUCAAGGAGGACUCGGACUCAGAUGGAAGCUCGAGUUCAAGCAGUAGGAGUAGUCGGUCGUCAUACAGAUCAGAAUCAUCAGACACUGAGUCACGCUCACGGCCAAAGAAAAAGUACACACCUGUAACAGCCAAAGAAGAAUUAUCAAAAAUUCGGUUAUCAAGGCACAAAUUAGAAAAAUGGUGUCAUAUGCCUUUCUUCAAAGAUACAGUAGCCGGAUGUUUUGUAAGAAUAGGUAUUGGAAAUCAUGAAGCCAGGCCAGUGUAUCGGGUUGCAGAAAUAGUAGAUGUGGUAGAAACAGCUAAAAUUUAUCAGCUUGGAAGCACAAGAACAAAUAAAGGAAUAAAACUGAGACAUGGAGGUUCAGAACGGGUAUAUCGUCUCGAGUUUGUCUCCAACCAGGACUUCACAGAGUCCGAGUUCUUCAAAUGGAAAGAAGCCGUGAUGCUUGCUGGUGAGCAACUCCCUUCCACCGAGGACAUUGCCAGGAAACUGAAAGAAAUCCAGUCCGCCCACCAGUACAAAUACAACGAGGAUGAUAUCGACAAGAUUGUUGCAGAAAAGAAAAGGUUUAAAAAGAAUCCACAUAAUUAUGCUUUAAAGAAGACAGAUCUCUUGAAGCUGAGAGAUCAGGCCGAGUUGAAUGGAGACUUGGAGCAGCAAAUACAGUAUCAACAGGAUCUUGAUGCCCUGGAGGAACGCGCCGAAGACCUUGACAAGAUACGCUCCUCGACCAUUAGUUCUAUCAGCUAUAUCAACCAGAGGAACCGCAAACAGAACGAGAUAGAGAAGGAGGAGGCUAUGAAACGAGAGUUUGAGGAGAGUAAAGGGGCCAUGGCAGACCCCUUCACCCGUAGACAUAGCAGACCCACACUGGUUACCAAGGCCAGAGAUCCAGCUACUGUAGUGGCGGCGGCCAAUGCGGCGCUUGAUGUCAAGAAGAAAAAGGAAGACGAAGAGAAGAGAAAGCGACUUGUUGAACAAAAUAUUGGACAAAACUUGGCUUCGCUGAAAGCUGACAGUGGAGCCAAUAUGUUGCAACCCAUAUCCAAAGCCAAAACCUUGGACAAACAGAUCUCUGUAGACCCAUUUGCUGAUCAUGAUUUUGAAAUCAACUUAGACAUGGAUUUAUCAACCACCAACUCAGCAAUCAGUGUGCAAAACCGGCAGCCACCACAGUUCAAGCAAGGUGCCCCGAAACGCUCCCUCAACCUUGACGAUUACAAGAAGAUGAAAGGACUCAUCUAGUGUUGUGUUGUCAUCAAUUUGGUUGAUAAAAACUUUCAUACAUCUGUCGCUAUGUGACUUGAAGUGAGUCAUUUCGUUGACUUCUUGAGGGGCCAUUUUUACCCUGGCAUUGUCAAUGGUAGUGGAAGCAGUUGAUUUUAGAACAAAACUUUUAUAUAGCCAUGCGGCUUUAAGUUUGUAGGUUUGCCAGCUUGAUUUGCAGUACAGGUGACGAUUUAACUUGGAGAUCAUCAUAAGACUGGAAUUUAUGUUUGCCCUGAAUUACGGUUGACAUUUUAACUUGGCAGCUGUUAUUAAACUGAAGUCAGAUCAUAACUGUCGUGGCUCAGCACAAGCUGCGCUUCGAAAACAGAUGCCUAUUCACGUUUGCCCAUACUGACAUAUGGCAUGUCUGUUUAAAUGCAGUGUUGAUUGUCCAGAAAUUUUGCUGAUUUAAUUUUUAAACAUGACAGCCAUGCCUAGGCAGUUCCUUUUACAUGUUAUUAGGCACUGCUACAUGUUAUAAGGCAUUGUGUGACAAUGUGUUUGUUUUU